AAUGUUUGGCUGUACUUACUACUUAGACGGCCUUGAGUUAAUUGUAGUCGGAAUUUGCGCUUGCUUGACGAGCUUCGUUAGCAAUAGCAGUCGAUAAAUCAUACUUCAGAAAAACGACAUAAAGGCAACGCUUCUCGAGAGGUACCCGGUAGCUCUGAUGCCACCAUUUCCUUCACCCUCCUCCCAGAGGCAAAGCAUGUAAUCCACCUGUAGAGCAGAUCAGCGUGGAGUGGGACCGCCAUCAGAAUCGCAUUUCACAGGAGGUCACUGAGAUGUGGUGAGACACUUUCCACCAAGUGGCCCCUGACGGUACUCCCUUCCGCUAAUCAAGGCAACAGAGGCCAGCAAGAUGCGGCACGGCAUGGUUGCAGUGUUGAGGGCCAUAGCAGGAUUCUGGAUUCUUGGGGGUUACUUAGCAGCGGAACAAAACGCAGCAUGUAACCCACAGGACAUGCCUUCGGCUAACUACUCUGAUUUGUCUGACAAGACUACCAGCUUCAUGGCUAAUACGGUCAAUGGCUUUCUCACUGUUAUCCAACCCAAAGCCUUUCCUGAAGGGCUGAUCGAGCAAGCAGUGCGGAAUAUGAGCAUUCUGCGAUCAGACAAGUACAUUAAACAGGUGUUGGCCUACGAUAUUGGCUUUGUAGUGUGCGCGGUCAUCGGCCUCCUCUACAUCCUAGUGAUGCCCAUAGUGGGCUCGGUGCUUGCCUGCUGCCGCUUUGCUGGCAAAUGUGGGGCCGAAGUGUACCUGGAGCAGACACGCUCUAUUUUGAAGGAAAGGAGGAACUUAUACUGGAGCACUGCCAUCAUCACAAUCUUUCUCUUAGCUGGUAACAUCUGCAUGUUCAAAAGUAACUGGGAAUUCAGAGCGAGACUGGACCAAAGCCAAAUAAAACUCAACAACACCUUUGAUAACAUCAAAGCCUUUCUCAGAAACCUGGACAAGCAAUUCCAACAUGUGGGGGACCAGAGCAGUAACAUGGUGGACAAUGUUGAAAAAACCAUAAAAGGACCUGCGUUACUGAAUCACAUCCUUCCAAAUGCUGGGGUGCCUGACCUUGACCGUCUAAAAGUUGCUGUGGAUGACCUGACGACAUUGCAGAACGACCUGAACAACAAAAUGACAGAUGUGAAAACGAACUUCAAUAAUUUAAACAACAAAAUUACAAAUGAACUGACACCAUGCAUCACGGCCGACUGUGACAAUGUGAGGGCGAAUCUACAGAGCAUUAACCUGCCAUCCGAUUUCACAAAUGCUGGCAUGGAAAAUGCACUAACUAAAGUUAGAAAGGAACUGGAAGCAAGUAAAUCACCUGACAGGUUAAGGGACAUCACAAACAAUUUGGACACCUUGAACCUGAACAAUAUCAAAACUCAGAUCUCCCAAAAGGUGAACGACAUUUCCAAAAAGUUAAAUAUGAAUCAAUUACUGGGCCGGGUGGAAAACCUGCAGAAUAACAUCCAGUUGAAGAGGAAGGUGGACCGAGCCGAGAGCAUCAGGUGGGGGGUGUGUGUCAGCAUGUGCUUCGUGGUCCUGCUCGUGGUUCUAUGUAACGUUCUGGGUCUCAUCUUGGGACCCCUCGGUCUGAAACCGACUCAAGAGCCCACGGAACGAUCCAAUGUGGCCAAUUGUGGUGGAAUUAUCCUCAUCACUGGGGCAAGUUUGAGCUUCCUGGUCUCGUGGCUGCUCAUGUUGGCUGUGACGCUGCUCUUUCUGCUGGGAGGCAAUGUUCACACGCUGGUGUGUAAACCAUGGAGCAGUGGAGAACUGCUGAAGUUCGCUCCAACUGUGAUACCACAAUUGGAUUUGGGUAAAACUCUAAAGCUGAAGGGCAAUUUCACUCUCUCGAGUAUAUACAGUGAGUGUGGGAAAAACAAGUCUCUGUGGUCCACACUCCAGCUGGAACAGAGUUACGGAUCUGAAAUUAAUCAGUACCUUAAAAUAGACCAGCACAUCAAGAAAAUCGAUAAUAUCAACAUCAAUGUCCCCGAAAUCAUCAAUGCAGAAUUCAAAACGAAUCUCCAAAACAUCCAGACGGACCAUCUACAGAUUGACACCACUCAACUGGACAACACAAUUGAGAACUUCAGAGAUGAAGCCACAGCCAGUAAUGACCCAUUCUUCAGUGGGGUAUUGAAAACAGCAGCCGACGACCUGACCAAAAUUCGGACCUCUAUUAUGAUGAACAUCAACCCAAAAUUGCAAGAUGCCAUUAAAACUAUAAACGUCAUAAAGGAUGUGGGGAACACGUUGGAGAACACACAAAAUGCUCUCACCUCCGAAAACAUUAAAGCUAACAUUAAAAAAUUCCUGCAAAGUCAGCUGUCUCCCGGUUUAGAUUGUAUCGGACGUAUGAUGAAGGUCGAAUUUGGCCGCUGUGGUCCUCUGGCUGAGGUUGUGGACUCUGCUCAGACCAUCCUGUGUUUGUACCUUGUGUCAUCUCUGAAUGCCUUCUGGUUCAGUCUUGGCUGGUGCGUCAUCUUGUUUAUCCCCAGCAUCAUAUUGUCUGUGAGACUAGCAAAGCACUACAGAAGAAUGAAGUACGCCGACAUCACGAAUGACAAGGAAUGAAAACGGAGCAUGGUCCUCAUCUUGACAGCGACAACAACGUUGACUUGAGAUUUUAGACAACUCUGAAGACAAAAAAUGAAAUCUGCAAAGCACUCUGGCAAAGAUGUUGCACAUACUGUACUGGAUAGAUUAGGC